AUGACUUGGAUACGAAUAUUAGUCUUAUUUUUUAUUCUUAUUUUGGACCAAGUAAUUACACAGAAUACAAAUGCAGUUAUAAUGUCGAUUAUCGAUGGAUGGCAAUUUCAAUGUGCCACAACAACUUGUCAACCCUAUGCUACUAUUACUUCAUCCUCUAUUCUUCAAUGUGAAAGUAGUUGUUUACGACAAAUUCAAUGCAAAGCUAUUAGUUUCCGUCAAUCAAUCACUAUCUGUCAAUUGUUUAAUGACAACAUAAAUCAAAACAACAGUUUGCAAGUUUUUGUGGGAACUGUUACUAUGACAGUCAUCUCUGACAUAAGAACGGCGUCUGUACCAACCUCAACAAUCUUGUCAUCAUCAACCUCAUCAACAUCGUCCACAUCCUCCACCUCAACAUCAACAUCAUCAUCAACUUCAUCGUCAACCUCGACAUCGACAUCGACUUCAACUUCAACAACAUCAACAACAACACCAGGAUGGCAAAUAACUGGAAAUAUGAACGUCGCACGACAACAACAUACAGCAACAAUGUUAUCAAAUGGAAAAGUAUUAGUCGCUGGUGGGCUGAAUGGUACCGCUGGCUAUCUGAAUAGCGCUGAAUUAUAUGAUCCAUCAACGGAUAAUUGGACAAUGAUUUCAUAUAUGAAUGCUGCACGAUAUCAACAUACAGCAUCAAUAUUAUCAGAUGGCAGAGUUUUGGUCAUUGGUGGAGCUAAUAGUGCCUCUCUCAACACCGUCGAAUUCUACAAUUCAUCGACUGGCAAUUGGUUAACGGCUGCAAAUAUGAAUUAUGCACGAUAUGGUCAUACAGUAACAAUAUUAUCGGAUGGGAAAAUACUAGUCGCCGGUGGAUAUAAUGGUGGUUCUCUCAAUAGUGCCGAGCUGUACGAUUUAUCGACUGGUAUUUGGUCAGUAACUGGAAAUAUGAAUGCUGCACGAUAUUAUCAUAGAGCAUCCCUUUUAUCCAAUGGAAAAGUAUUAGUCACUGGUGGACGGAUUAGUGGUGGUACUUCUAUUAAUAGUGCCGAAUUGUACGAUUCUUCAACUGGUAAUUGGACAAUGAUUGGCAGUAUGAAUGUUUCCCGAAGAUAUCACACUUCAUCAGUAUUAUCAAAUGGAAAAGUGUUAAUCGCUGGUGGAUAUAACGAUGCUACACCUCUCAACAUUGCUGAGUUAUAUGACCCGACUACUAGUAAUUGGACUAUCACCGGAUAUAUGAAUGUCGCACGGCAAAAUCAUGCAGUAUCAAUAUUAUCAAGUGGAAAAGUAUUAGUCAUUGGAGGGGUUAGUAAUAGUACUUAUCCUCCCAGUGCUGAAUUUUACGAUCCAUUAACUGGUAAUUGGACAAAUAUUGCAAACAUAAAUGUUGGACGACAACAACAUACAGCAUCGAUCUUAUCCAAUGGAAAAGUAUUGAUCACUGGCGGACAGAAUGGCUUUUCCCUUAAAAGUGCUGAAGUAUACUAA